GUUUUCGCUACAGAAUGCUGUCUUGCAAGUACCCAAAUGCAGACGCUUGUCCACAGACAUGCAUACGCGCAGCCCAAACUAUGCGCCGACAGGAGCUGCCGGUCCUGCAAAGUCUUGUUAGCACUGCGUCAUGGAUCAGGCCUUAAAAGUAGCCCUACACACGCCUCUCAAUUGGCAGCGCCUGCUGGUAGCCUUCCGGCUGAGCAUGUUCAUGCGCUUUCCAAUUCUCCAAGCCCCAUACUUCAUCAAGAACAUAGAUACAGUGUGCGUGAGGACAGCACAUGGCCCUGCCAUGGACAAGUUCAGUUGCAUGCCCCAUCAAAAGAAGCCGCAGCAGCGCUGCUGAAAGCUGUGGCAGAGCCGCUAGUACGGACGCAUCGGUGGUUGCGCCUUGGCGGGGGCCUCAACCACUUGCUCCUGUAUGAGCUGUUGAAAGUCUUCGUGGCCUAUGGUGGAGAACGCGAACUCAUCCUUGCAAGCUCCGAAGAGCUUGACUGGUCUUUGCCGUACCAAGCCUGGUCAAAUGGCUCCGCCGGCAACGGAAGCAACUCCCGUCCCGGUGAGGACGAGCGCAACGAUGGCCACGGCGACGGCAGCAGCAGACGCAACAGCCAGGAACACGACACAUUAAGACAGCAACAACGACUACAUCACCUGCAGCAGCACCACCAGCAGCCUGGCUUUCUGUUGUUGCGCAGCCAGCCCCAAGACCAUGCGCGCACGCAGGGCGCCGCUUCCACGUUGCAUGCAAUCGCAAGCGGCGCUUGUCGUCCGGUGUUGGUGGUUGAGAUGUACGACAGUUGCGGUAGCGGCGGAGUCACUGGCGGAGAAGGUGAUGCGGAUGCAGCUAAUGCUGCCAGGUGUCGGCUGUUGGCGCGUAUGAUGGAGGCCGCAACGCAUGCAGCAGCAGCAGCAGCUACUGCUACUGCUUCUGCUGCUCACAGUGCGGCCGCUGCUACGACGCCAUCCGCUCCUCAGCAUCAGGUCGCGACCAGUCAUCAGCAGGAUGACAGCGGGGGUAGCGAUGCACGUGAUAAUGUUGGGAGGAGCGGGAGCACUGCUAGCAGCAGCAGCAGCAGGUAUGGCAGCAGCACGGUAGCCGCCACUGCGUCGCCGGUAAUGGUCUGGGGGCUCCUGACAAGUGUACGGACAUGGGACUUUUACUGUGUACGGCAGGUGUGUUGUACGACACAGCCGUCAUCUGCCGUAACUGGUACGGCAAACAGCAACAGCGGACCGGGUAUGGUUUACAGUGAUGCUGCGGCACAGUUUCAGCUGUUCAGAUCCCAGGAGCUCAGCCUUUCGAACGAUGGUAUGUCGGAAUGGCCAGGGCUAGUGCCGGCGCUUGCAGCUCUGUACGGCAUCAUCUGUACGUCUGAAGGUCUAACUGUACGACAACACACCCAGCCACAUUGUACGACAAGACCGUACGACACGCAGUACGGCUCCGACACCUCCCGCGACAGCCUAAUGCGGCUGCACCUUAACAUGGCUGCUAGUUCGUACGGCAAGCCGCUGUACGGAGCGGAGAAGGAUUGGGUACGACAACGCUUGGACGAGUACGAGAUCAGUAGGGGGCGGUUUCGCACUAGCCAGGAAGCGAGCUGUGCUACGGAAACGGGGACGCUAUCGGCGAUAAGAGCAGCAAAGGCAGCGGCCACAGCGUCACCAGUUGCCCCGGCGGUUGCCACCAAAGCUGCUGCUGCUGCUGCUGUGGAUGGCGCAGCAGCAGCAGCGGAAACGGAGACCGCUUCCGCUGACGGGGCAGGCGCACUGGCGGCUGCGGCAGCGGUUGCGGCUGCUGUACAGGUGGUAGGAGGCAGUGGGGUGUGGGAUACGACUGUAGCCACGAAGACACAAGGAGGGGCUCAGGGUCGUGCGAAUCACCUGGCAGCGACAGGGGCCAUCACCUCGCAUGCGGAGAAUGCGCCAGUGACAGCUGCUGUGGCGUGUUGUCCGGAUGUCGUGCAAGCAGCUACACCGCCGGCAGCCCUCACGAGACCGGCAACAGGAGUGGAGGCGGGGAUAGCAGCAGUGGACGCUGGACGUGAGAGGCAGGCAACGGGUGCAGCGGAGGCAGAGACGGAGGUGCCUGUUGCCGCUGCUGCUGCUGCCGCUGCUAGUACCAACUCUCAUGACGCACACUCUGCAUCCGCCGCCGCCGUCGCCGCCUCUGCUGCUGCUGGGUACGCUACUGAGCGGCGGCUUGCGGAGAUACGCGAGCAGCUGGCUGGGACGCGGGAGCGGGCGGCGAGGCUCCGUGCCAGAGCGAUGGGUGCGCCGGGUGCUGGCGGUGGCGGUGGGUGUGGUAGCACUGGUGGGGUCGGCGGUAGUGGUGGUGCUGGUGGUGAAUGAAUGAAUGAGUGGAUGAGUGUGUGACCGCUGAUGUUAGCGACGGCCGUAAUUUUGAUGCCGGUAGGAUUUGCGGUGUUGAGGGAGGUACUGGAGUAGUACGGCAGUCGAGGAAGGGGAGUCAAGCAGGUGUGGGGAAUGCGGGACACAACCUGCAAGUGAUUAUGUACGGACGUGCGGUGUUGCAAGUUGUUGAGGGGCAUGGGCUGAUGGGGCGUCUGGGUGGCUGAUACGUGAUACCCUGUGCGAUUACACAAGGGCGAUACUUGCAUGCAUGAAUGCAAUGAGUAAGAAUGCUGAAAUGCAAAGAGGUGUUGGGGCAUGGUGAUAAACUCCAUUGCAUGCAAUGUACCGUAUACUUGAGUGUCCUUACUGGCCAUGGAAUUGUCUAAAGCUGUGUUAUCGGCUGGUAAAGUCCCUGCUGAGUUGGCUUCUCUCGUAACCGCGCUCUGCAGUUCUACGUUAUGAUGGUGACCCUUGGGUCGUGUUUAGCACCGCGUGGAGUGGUUGUUACGCCUUUACGACGUACAAACAUUGUUAUCGCGUGACAGUUAUGUGCUGCUGUGCUGCCUGCAUGUGUGUCUGAUUCCUCGGCUGCUCGUUGCCUAGCAUAGGGUUUGCGAGCCCAGAGCUUCAUCAUCGAGCUUUGUACGGGAAACGAGGAGCACACUGCGUGUUAAAAUGACAAAGCGAGGGACAGCUUGCUCGCACAGCAGAGCGAAACGCAUGACGAUAC